AAUAUUAAACAGACGAGCGCCAUUCGUCACUGCGCGUUUUUGAAGCGGUCUGACUAAUACAUUUAUUUGUUUUAUCGAUUUUAAGCGUCGGAAGGAAGCCGUCGCCUCCCCGUCGCUUCGCUAUAAAGGCGCGCGCGCGCGAGUCAGUCCCGUCGCGCAGGACGCAGUGAACAACUGUUUGUUGCGUGCGGAGGAAACGCGGCUUAGAUCCACAUUUACUCUUUAAAGAGCUCCGGGGAAAGAAUAAGAGGAGAGUUACUGGGUGCAACAUGAAAUUUCUUUUACCGGCUGCGGUGGCUUUUCUUGUUUUGUGCCAAGUUUUCGGAGAAGAGUUGGGUCCAAAAGAAGACCUUGAUUACUGGACGGGCAGCAAUCAGGUUCAGGAUGAGUGGCUGCAGGCGGAUCUCAGAGAGAUACUAAGACGCAUGACGAGGAAACCCCGACCUCAUCAGUUCAUCGGUCUGAUGGGGAAACGGUCCUCCGCAAACGCACAGAUCACACGAAAAGUAAGGCAUAAAAUCAAUUCUUUUGUUGGGCUGAUGGGUAAAAGAAGCCAAGAGGAGCCAGACUCGUACGAAUGGGGAACAGUACAGAUCUACGACAAGAGGCGUUAACGGAUAAAAGCGUGGUCACAUCCGCUUCCUAAAGGAUCAUUUCAUUCUGUGAUGUUCAUCGAUUCUGACUUUUGUUUCUUUUUUUCCAAUUCAGGCCAGAAAUAAAAAUGAUUUGGCGUUGUGGUAUUAUGGCCGACUCGCACCUGUGGCAGUUCUUUUUAAAAAGGAUCAAACGUGUUUUCUGUCACGACAUCUCUCCCGGUGUUGUGGAGCAUUAAAGCGAAGCGGUGUCCUUUCUAAGAUACUCAGAGAUUUGUGCUCGAUACAUAGUGCCUCAUAGUGUUUUCACCGUGACUGAUGAUGUUGUUUUAAUAGCGCCGGGCCGGGUGUGAUGUCAUGUCCUGUCACCGCUACGAGCAAAGGUUUUGCUACCUUGAUAUCUGUGUGAUUGUAGCUUGAUAUUAAAAAUAUUUUCUUUA